AUGGUUGUUCACGUAGAACUCGCUCGCCUCCUCGAGGUUGAAAAAACUCUUGAAGAACAGCUCCAAGUCAACGCUGUACAGAAACAGAGACUGACGGAGCUCGAACUGAAACUUCAAGAGCGAGACCAAAAGAUUAACGAGCAAAACGACUUCCUCGAACAGAGAGACACCCUGAUAGAAUUUGGGACGAAAUUCAUUAAGAACAGGGAGAAGAUGAUGAGGAACGAAGCCCUAAACAUCCGAAACGUGGUCAAUCUCUAUGUGGGAAACCUCCAGAAGAAUCAUAUCGAUCUCCAGAAUUACUGUGUGGACCUGAAGGAAACCAUAGUCUCUCUGCAACAACAACUGAAGCAAACAGACCAAACGCUUAUGUAUGUUAAUUCUAAAAGGAAGACGCUCGGGACAGAAGUCGCAAAAUUGAAACAUGAACUGAAGCAGCAGACAAUGACAGCUGAUGAGGUAGUUCAAGAGCGAGAUGAUCUCCAGCUCCAAGUUAAUAAGCUUAAGAAGACCUUAGAGAAAAAGGACAUCCUGAUCGAGAAAGGAAAGGAAUUCAUUGAGAAAAGGGAAAAACGGAUAGAGCUUGUGACUCAAGAAAUCGAAAGCCAGAUCGAUGAUUAUGAGAAAAAAGCCCGUGAGAAACAACUUCAACUGGAGAAUUAUUGUUUGGACCUGCAGAAAGACACAGAAUCUCUGCGGGAACAACUGGAUACAGCAGAUCAACUACAUUCACAAGACGAGGCAAGGAAUACGAAGCUGGAAACUGAACUCUCAAAGAUGAAAAAGCUCCAACAGCAGCAAGAGCAGACGAUCCAAGAGCUGCAGACCACGACACAGGAGCUGCAGGAGGAGCUGGAUGAAGCAGAGAAAAAUCACAUCAAAGAUACAGUUGAAAACAUAAAGAACGUGGGGGAACUUGCCGAGACCAAAAGAGAACUGAAGAAGUCUGAAGCCGAGAAUAAGGCUCUAAAGACUAGUCUUCAGCAGGCUGACAAGGACGCAGAAACCAAGGACCAAACUGUGGCCUACCUGAAGACUUUGCUGUCUGAGAAGCAAACGGCCGAGGAGGCACAGCACAAGAAGGUUCUGCAGGAGCUGGAAACAAAGUUCAAACUUUCCCUGAGCAAAUGUGAAGAGCUGGAGACAUCUUUGAAGGACUCAAAUGAUGAGCUGCGUCAAACCAAGCUCCAAGUGGAAGAGAUUCAGAACGAGUUGGACAAAAGGAUCCAGAAGAAGAGGAGGAGGUGGUGGAAGUGUUGCAGGGAGUAA